UAUAAACAUAAACAGGAAUUGAGACAGACCCAAACUGGUUCUUAAACAUUGUCCCUGACUUUUAUACCCAAACUGAGAUUUGGAAACAUGGUAGGCUUCCUCAAUUUUCAUGGCGCGAAUUCUCACCAGAGUUUACUAGCCAAUCUAAUUUGAUAAAAACUAAAGAUCAGUUCGCUAUGUCAAAGGCUUCGUCUUCGUCUUCGUCUUCUGUCAGUAAAGAAGACAGUACCAGUUUUUCUCACACUUUCAAGUAUUUAUUGGCUACGCAGUUCUUGUCAAGGGGAAUACCAUUUGUAUUCAAUUCAUGGAUAGUGAGGCACCUAACGCAAGAGGACUAUGCGCUUUAUGCUGUGCAGUUUCAUCUUUUUGUCACCUGUGUAUUGUUUCUCAGCCGGGAGGGAUUCCGGCGCGCUUGCAUGCGUGCGGACAUAAAAUGUGAUGGUACUUUAAAGGAAGAAAAUGUGGCAAGGCUAAUGAAAGUAGCAUGGUUGACUUUACCAAUAGGAGUACUUGUUACAAUUGCAGGAUGCUUUUUUGUCUUUUGGUGGCAGGAAUUAUCUUAUUCUGAUUCAUAUGGGCAAGCUAUCUUGGUUAAUGGAUUUGCAUGUAUUUUGGAGCUAUUGGCAGAACCUUUGUAUAUACUUUCUCAGAAUUUGCUUCUUCUUAAAUUGCGGUUAAUGGUUGAAACAGUAGCUACUCUGCUGCGUUGCGUAACCAUGUAUGUUUUCAUUGUCAAACAAGCCAAUAUGGACAAAGUGAUUAUAUUUGCAUUGUCACAAACUGCAUAUGGGGCGUGCUUGUUCCUAGGCUACUGGGGCUACUUUCUUCAUUUGCGUCCAUUUAGAAGUUCUACCUUGUUUCCUCUCAGAUUAGGAAGUAAGAACAAUUUUGAUCAGCAGCUGUCAAACAUGUGUGUGUUAUUUACUUUCCAAUCCUUUCGAAAACUGAUUCUUCAAGAAGGAGAAAAGAUGGUCCUUGUCUGGUUGGAUACACCGUACAACCAAGCUGUAUAUGGACUAGUAGACAAAUUAGGGAGCCUAGUAGUAAGGAUGGUGUUUCUUCCUUUUGAAGAAAGUUCCUUUACCACAUUUGCAAGGUCUGCGUCAGAAAACCAUCCAGAUAAGAAGAAGAAUUUAGGAAGAUGCCUUACAGAGGCCCUGAAGCUGGUUCUUUUAAUAGGUCUUGUAUUUAUGACAUUUGGCCCUAGUUAUUCCUAUUCUCUGAUCAGAUUGCUGUACGGUCAGAAAUGGAGUGAUGGAGAAGCAUCUAAAGCCCUUCAGUAUUACUGCCUGUAUAUCAUUGUUUUGGCUAUGAAUGGGACCUCUGAAGCAUUUCUUCAUGCAGUUGCAAAUGAAAACCAAAUCAAACGCUCCAAUGAUUCAUUACUCUUAUUCUCGGUUAUAUACAUAGCAAUGAAUGUCCUCCUGAUACGAUCAGCUGGUGCUGUUGGCUUAAUUAUAGCAAAUUCUUUUAAUAUGAUUUUGAGGAUUAUGUACUCUGGAGUAUUCAUUAAGCGAUUUUUUCAGGACUCUUCCUCAUUUUCCUUUUACAAAUGCUUGCCUUCUGGAUGGACAGUCUUAUUGUUUUCAGGCCUAAUUACUCUUGCAUCGGAGAGAAUAUUUAUGGAUAGAGAAAACUUCUGGCAGACUUUUGCUGUUCAUCUUUCUAUCGGGCUGGCUUGCUUCAGCACUUCGUUGUUUGUCAUAUAUCAACGUGAAAGACCCUUCAUCAACAAAAUUAUUCGAUUCCGUGAUCACUCUGAGUAGAAGUUUUUUGGCUUCUUCUGCGCUCAUUGUUGAAGGUGAGGCAAUGUUGUCACGAUAGCAACAAAUUCAGCAUUGUUCAGACAAAUGCUUGUAAGCGCUGAAUUUCGAAGUCAAAAACUGGUCACGGUUGCAUCAUCGAAUUCACACACCACGUCAAGUAACUGGAAAAUUAUACCUGAUAAAAGAAUGGCAAAUUGGUUUAACCAUUGAGUAUGCUGAGUCUAGUUUACCAUCAUAGGAAGUAUGUUCUGAUUUUAGGGAUUUUAUAUUAUUUAGUUUUACACACAGUGCAGGACAUUAAUUAAGGUUACACAGAAUGAGAUCUUCCUGCUCUAUCUUAACUUCAAUUAGGUUACUUAUUUUGAGGCCCAUUUGACUUGUAUAUUUUGCUUACUGAGAACCAACUGAAACACACAAAUUUAUGAAUAGCUUUUUAUUGUGGGGGAAAUGAUGGUGAUAAUAAAUUUUCCAUAAAAUUUCAA